AUGACCACACGCACGUACGUAGCAUACGCAUUCUUUGACGAACUGUACGCUCAGUUCGUCAAAGCAAAUGCUAAUAGUCCGCGAGAAUUGCGGAACAGAGCUGAGAAGCAGCGGCGCGACAAUCUGUCCCGUUCGAUUCAGCACCUGGCCACCUUGGUUCCGCAUGUGAUACACUCCGCUAAGAAAGUGGACAAGACCAGCAUUUUGCGUCUAACUGCUCAUUACAUACGCGCGCAUCAUCAUGUAUUCGGAAAAUCGAAGUGCUAUAGACAUCAAGCCUUCACCAAGAAUUUAGCUGAAUCGUUUCUCGAAAUUACGAAAGGAUUCCUCAUUACGAGCACAUACAAGGGGCUUUUGGUUGUAGUUUCGCCGAAUAUUCGAGAGUACUUGGGCUAUUCUGAGAACGAGCUACUAGGGCAGAGCUUCUUCAGCAUUGUCCACCCAGAAGACUAUGAGCGUCUGAAGGAACAGCUGUACCCAAAGAGCUGCAAUUUUACCCGUAACGGGGAACUGUUCCUGCCAAACGAAGAAAAUGCUGCUGAGAAAGUGGCUGAGGCAUUGAAAUAUGAACAACGAGCCUUUGUAAUCAGGUUCCGAAAACGCAAGCAGGCGCGCUCCGAUCCCGAUGAAUAUCUUACUUGCCACAUCGAAGGGAGCUUCCGUAAGUCGGACCGCGGUGGAACCUUCGUGGACAGGGUCUUACAAUCUGGCCGUCGAGUCAGGGCGAAAGGAAACAAUCCAUUUGCUAGCGGAAAUGAUAUUGUGUUUAUCGGCGUGGUCCGCCCUGUCGUAGACACCUUUGCAGCUGAAACAAGGAUUGAGUACUACACUAUGGCGUACCGUACCCGCCACUCCAUCGACGGUGGCAUCAUCCAGUGCGACCAGCGCAUUUCCCUCAUCACGGGCUACAUGACUUCCGAAGUCAUGGGUGUUAACGCCAUGAAUUUCAUGCACCGUGACGACGUCCGCUGGGUCGUCAUUGCUUUGCGAGAAAUGUACGUCCAUCACCGUUUAUUAGGUGAAUCUUGCUACCGGCUUAUGACAAAGAAUGGCAAGUUCAUUUAUAUGAAAACUAGGGGAUGCUUGGAAGUGGACCCUAUCACUAAGCAAGUUACAAGCUUUGUUUGCACUAACACAGAGGUGCCACCAGCUGAAGGAAUCCAUCAGAUACAGCAGAUGAAAACGAAGCUUACAAUAAAAAUUAUUAAUGAAGAAUUGAAAAACGAGAACAUACCUUUAUGCUACGAGGUUGACGAAAACCAGGAAUUACCCGUAGAAGAUCCUGGAGAACUCGAAGAAGUCAUUUACCAUCUUGUCGAUGAUCUCCGUUCAUCACCGGGUGUAGACCAGAACGAUAAAAACCAAGAACAGUCAGAUAUUGCGAUUAUACCACCAGAAAAAAAGCAAAUUAAAACAACAAUUCAGAAGAGUUACAGUAUCAUCCGAAGCUUACGAAACCUAAAACCAUUGGCUGUGUAUCCCAUGGACUCCCAGCCGAUGGACUGCGAAAAUAACAAUGUAACCGAGGAACAAGCUUUGAUUCAAGCCGCGUUACAGUCUAUUGAGGAGGCGGAGGAUCAACCUUCAAUAGAAACCAUGGGUGACGACUUGGCACUCACGCUCAAUGAAAUUUACAAUGUUGAUGGAGCAACGAAAUACCAUAAACAAGGAUCGGAGCCAACACCAACAGGGUUCCUAGACUUCGAGGUACCGGACGAGUUAAAACUCGUAGCAGAAAAUAUGUAUGCUAACAUGGACACUACCGAUGAAGAUGUAGAGCAGGACAUUCGGGACUUGCUUCUACACCGAGGAGUCAAAGUGGGUUCCGCAGAACCAAAGGACUCCGCGGAAACAUCAACACGAUGUGACAAGUGAAUGGAUACGUCCAUCGUCUUGAUUGCUACGAGGUUUUGCUGAAAAUUUCUGGAGCAUUCAAGAUAUAAUCUUACCAAGAUUCAUUAUUUUCAUUAUUCACGAAAGCUAUGUAUAACUAUCGAUAAAAACUACGAUAUAAUAUUAUGUACAAUAUAAAAUUUAACGUCAACAGUACAGAGGGCAGGGGAAAGUAGCGUUGCCAACCGUACUAUAAUAUAUAUAGUAUUGUACUAUAUUUCGGGUCUGCCUACAAUUGAAAAAAUAGCUCUGGUUUUCAAAAAAAUUUAAAUCAAAUGUGAAAAGGCAUAUGACACUCUUAUUUUCGACAAAUAAAGCAUGAUAAAUGCAACAAGAUAGGUACAUUGUUCUUUUAAAAUAUUAUAAUUUUUUGCUUAUUCCAUAAAAUACUGUAUUUUAUUUAGGCGCACUAUAUUUUUUUAUUGCUAAAUCUGAAAAAUACUAAAUGUUGGCAACCCUAGGAGAAAGCGUCGAACACGAUUCCUAUAAUGCGCCAGAGUGUUCUUACAAGACAGUCGCGGAGUCGUCUUGUCAGCCGCGGAAUCUUGCUUGUUGCUUACCAGCAAGACGCUUGCCAAACCACCUAUAGCGUCCGCGUUUCGACAAGGCACUCGUUCGAUGCACUGCCCUGUGCCCUGUACCCAGUGCCUUGUACCCAGUGCCCUGUACCCAGUGCCCUGCACACUUUGUUCUGUACUCGUGUACGCCUUGCUUAUUUCUGCUGCCAAGCAGCGUUCUUAAGACUUCAUGACACUGUAACUGCAUCGGCUAACAUACUCUUCAGGCACAAACAGCAAUACUGUCUGCCAGCAGAUAUAAGCAAAGCUUCAUUAUAAAACCGGUAACGAGACCCUGUAUAUUUCCAAACUAAUUAUUAAUUAUACGACAGUAGUAGAAUUAAUUAUAUUAUAACUAACUAAUUGAAACUUUUUUUAGUUUAUUGGUUACCAUCAUUAUCAUUUUUUCUUUCGUAUAAGAUUGUUUGAGUAAUUACCCAAUUGAUUGCUUUGAAAAUUUUCGGCAAUUGUAUUCGUAGUCGCCUAAUGCUAUAACCAUUUUUAUAUUAAGUUCAAGUUAAUUAACUAUAAUCCAUUUUGCAUGUAGGUAUUGCAAUACCUGCAUAAAACGUAGAUUUUAAGAUUUUAUAUUCAAUGUUUCUAAAUGUUAGCAAUUAACGUAAAUGUAGUUUUGAUAUGUUAAUCUUUUUAGCUGGUUUGACUCUAUAUUAUUACGAGUUAAAUACCUAUAAGGUAUAUUAAAAGGUUCAAUACCUUUAAGGUAUAUUAAAGGGUUUAAUACCUAUUAGACCAGCAUCCGCGGAGCAUUUUUACAAUUGAUUACUAUCAAGUUAAUUUUCCAGAUGAAGCUGCAUCUGGCUCGACUUUUAUAUUUACGAAAAUUCUUGACUCUGAUAAAUGGUUGCUAGGUAAUCAAAAUUUCUGAGCGUAGGGACAAGACAACGUAUUACGCAGUUUGUGGCUAAACAGUGUGGCUGUUAAGUUGUUGUUAAGUUGUUUAAAUAAGCAGCUGUUUUUUACUGUUGCUUAAUCAAUAGUUUAAUAACUUAUCAGCCACAUUGAUCUACAAAUCGCGUGGUACCUACGUUAUCUUGUUCCUACGUUCAGAUUUUUUUAUUACAUAGGUAAUAACUUUCAGAAAUCAUCAAUUUUCGUAAAUAUAAAAGUUGAGCAUCUCAUCAAUAUGAAGCUCUCACGGAAAAUUAACUUGUUAGUAAUCAAUUGCAAAAAUGUUCCUCGGAUCCUGGGUAAUACAUAUAAGAUCGAAUCAGGGUAAUUGUCAUCUUACCCGAUACAGUAAUCCCAUCAUAUGAAUUAUUGAGAUAUUUAAUUACGCGGGAUAUUAUGGGAUCUACGCCCUUUUGGGUAUUAAGUACUGGUUUUAUUACUUAUUUUUUUAGUUUAGUAUAGUACUUACGUUUUUAGUAUUAAUUUUUUGAUUUUUUUGCUAAUUAAAUGUUUUAUUACCGUGUAAUACGGUACAUAUUAUAUAUAGAUUAUCAGGAAUUGCUUGACUGAUGGGGGUCAGUCGCGUUCCACAUUUUUUCAUAACUAUUGUGUUAUGUUAUCAGUUUUUCAUUAAUAUUGAAAUACUGUAGUUUUUAGACAUACGAUAUACUUCUAUAACUUGAUGUUACGCCAUAUUGUCUUUAAUAAAGUUUAUUUGUGAA